ACCCAUUGAUCUGUAGCCGCCUCGUACCGGGCUUACAGCUAUGAUAACAUUUAAAUAAAUAUUAGUUAAUCUCUAUGAUGUAUAAUUUUUAACAGAUAUACCUAACAGAUGCAAGAAUUUCAUCAACAAAGCCUUAACAAACCUCUUCAACAAACCCAGCCUAUUUCUCAACAAAGUCAACAAAUGUCUCAGCAAGAUAUCCAGCAGCUUCAAAAAACCCCACACCCCCAACAGACACAUGCCCAGCAAUUAUCUUCUUCACAGCAACAGCAACAACAACAAGCCCCUCAGCAAAUGCACCAAGUUGGACAACAACUACAAGGACCACAAGGUUCUCAAAUCCAGAAAAAAUUGCCUCAGCAAACUCAUAAUAUCAAUCAACUAACUCAAACUACCAAUCAACCGGAACAAAUGCCCCAUUCAAAUAAUAUGCAACAAAUAGCUCAGCAAAGUCAGCAAAUUUCACAUCAACUUCGACAAAUUACACUACAGAGCCAACAGAUACCCCUACAGACACAAUUACAACAUUCUAAGCAAAUGAAUACAACUCAAAUUCAGCCUCAGUCUCAACAGAUUUCUCAACAACAACAGAUUAGUCAGAGUCAAAUGAUUCAUCAAAAUAAUCAAAAAAUAAAUCAUAUGGGGCAAAUGAUUCCUCAGCAAACUCUUAAUCAAGGUCGACAGUUAAAUCAACAAAGCCAACAUGACCUACAGCAACAGCAACAACAACAUCAACAUCAAUUAAUACAACAACAAUUAGCCCAAACUAGCCAACCUAGUAAACCAAUGUCUCAACAAAUUCUACUACCAAAUCAGAGUAUGUCUCAACAGAAUAAAGAACAAACUCAGAAGUUGGUAAUUAGUCAAUCGAAUUCCCAAAUAUCUGUAUCUCAAUCUAAAAACCAACAAGUAAUUCAACCACAACACAUGCAACAAGCUGGGCAGCACUAUCAACAACCUCAUCAAAUAAUGCAAUCUCAGCCGCAACAAUUGCCAAUGCAAAAUAAUCAACGCAUUAUGCCUCAGCCAAGUUAUUCACAGGCGCAAAGUUUGAUCGCUAUGCAAAUUCCGACUAACACUGUUACUCAAAUGCAUAUACAGCAGCAACAGCCAAAGGUCCAAUUUAAUAUCAUGCAGCAAUCUCAAAUGUUCUUUAGGCCACAAAAUAUGAUACAACCAAUUCCUAUGUCCCAACAACAAAUGACAUAUUCACUACAACAUGUGCCUAUUAACUCAAACUAUGCUAACAGUAUGCAAAAUUAUUAUAUACCUGCCCAACCACAAAUGGCUCCAUUCUACAAACCUUCAAUGAAAACUGUAGAAACUGUCAAAAAAAAAGAAGACAAUAACACUGAAGUUGUUGAUAAUGGAACAACUAACAACGAAACUACCACUGUAGAAAUCGGUAACAAAAUUGAACAAGCUAUAGAUUUGGUCAAAAGCCAUCUCAUAUAUGCUGUGAGUAAAGAAGUAGAAGUUUUAAAAAAGAAUAUUGCAAAGCUAAUGGAUAAAGUUGGACAACUAGAAACAGAAAACUCUAAUCUUAGGAUGCUUGUACCACCAGAUAUGUUAGAACUAUACAACCAAGAAAAACAAAAAUCUACAAAUGAUCAGUCUACUCAUAAUAAAUAG